UCUUGAUAACCUAAAAGUACGUUUUUUGACAGUUCGAUUCGAAAAUUAGUGCUUGAAAAACGGUCGUUGAAGCGUAAAAACAUCUUGCCGUUAAAGUUAUAAAUAACACGCAUCCGAAACGACGAACUACGAUAAUCUCUAACGUAAAGAAAGUUCUCGAUCGUUUAAGGUUUUUUAAUCUGUCUGUGUUAACAAGUGCAUUAUGGGAGAUGAAUGGUGGUUACUUUGUCACAACCGAAUCUAAAGUUCCGUACUCAAAUUUUUAAGUAUUAUUUUGCACCAGAUUUAAAUGUAUUUAUAUUUAUAAUCGGAGCUUUAACGAACUUAGCUAAUUGUAUAUUUGUGAUAUAUAUUAAAGAAAAGCGAUUAAUGUAAGUGUAAAAAAUUGGUGUUUCGCGAAAAUUGGAAGCGUUUUUACCUACUUCGAUAAGAGAGGUCACUUCAAAUGAACCUAACCCAACGUCUCGUUUAACGUUAAAUAUAAAAAAAACAGGUUUUGCAAAUAUGUUUUGGAAGUAUAACAACGCCUCAACUUCACAAUUGGAGACUAUUCUUUGCAAGGAGAAUGUUACCUUACAAGAAGUUAUGGAUGCUGAGGAUAUUAUUAAUGAAUGUAAAUCUGAAAAUAAAGCCCUAAUAACUUUUUUGGUUAAACCAGAAAUUAUGGAAGAAUUGGUAAUUUUAACCACAGUGGACCCUUCAGUUGAGCUUGAAGAAACAACACGAUUCAAAUAUCCUAAUAUAGCCUGUGAACUUUUGACUUGUGAUGUUCCCGUUCUUAACGAACGAUUAGCUAGUGAUAAAGCACUGCUGGGGAAACUGUACUCUUUUCUCGACAAUGAACCACCUUUGAACCCGCUUUUGGCUUCCUUUUUUAGUAAAAUUUUGGGUGUUCUUAUUGCCAAGAAAUCUGAGCAGAACUGGUUAUCCUAUCAAUUCACGUGCUUGCAGGUUUUAGACUUUUUAAAGGCUAAAGAAAAUUUUAUAACCCUCCUGCUCAAUCACUUAGGCACCUCGGCCAUUAUGGAUCUCACGCUCAAGCUCAUGACGCAAGUGGAAGGUGUCGAGAUGCGCCAAAAUAUUUUAAAUUGGUUAGAUAGUCAGCAAAUUGUUCAAUCUUUGGUGGGGUUGUUAGACCCGAAGGUCGACAAGGAACGGCAUUAUAACGUUGCUCAAUUGUUGUGUGAUUUCGUUAAAACUGCACGAGAUAAUCAGCGAAAUUCCACGGAACGUAACGAUCCCGAUCCACUAUUAAACACAUUAGAAUCACCUGAUACAGUUUCUCUACUUUUGGAUCAUAUAUUGGGUAACGAAAAAAUCGAAAGUAGUAUAGUUGGUGGCAUUCAAGUACUUCUCGCUCUUUUAGAUAUACACAAAAUCAGCAUUCCAAAAUACGAUUCUCAAAACAUCUAUAAUAAUUCCAAUCACGAUGAACCGAAUGAUUUAGAAGAACGUCAAAAAGUUAUUCAAAGCACCACCAUAGCGAUUAUGAAGAGAAUCAAAGAUUUUCACAAUUUACUCUUAGAUCCACCCAAGAAAUUGCCUAUAAAUACAACGUUAGGAACAUUGGACCCUCCGUUAGGAAAUACACGUCUCCAAGUGACCAAAUUAAUCGCCGCAAUCGUUUUGUCCAAUAACGCCGAAUUGUUGCAAGAAUUAGCGACGCUCGGAACGAUGGAGGUUCUUCUCGAUAUGUUUUUUAAGUUCCAAUGGAAUAAUUUUUUGCACACCCAAGUUGAGGCUUGCAUAGCGGCCGCGAUUGGGGCUCAAUGUUCGCCAGAACAAGGAGAUACAAACGCCUUAUCAAAACAUUUGUUAGUUAAUUGUAAGUUAAUUGAGAGGAUUCUAGACGCGUGGGAGGAGAACGAUGAACAACAAGCGCAAACAAAAGGGAUUCGUAGAGGUUAUAUGGGGCAUUUGAUUAAUAUAACGAAUAAAAUUGUUGAUUCGAGUUCGCAAACGUCGCUCGGACAAUUUUUGAAGGAUAAUUUACCGGAAGUCGCUGAACGGCUUGAUACUUUUAAGGAUACCACGCUUGCGGAAACUAUUAAAACGCAACAAACUUUAUUGGGUGGUGCUCUCCCCAACACUUCAAACGAGGACAGUGAUGAUUACGACAUUCAAUUUAGGCAAUCUCGAGCCGUACAACAACAAUAUGCGGAAUAUCAAAUGCAACAGGUGAACAGCCAUUUUAUUGAGACGUAUGGUUUUAACGAUGAUGAUUUUAAUGAUGGUGAUGAUACGUUACAAACGAUUGAUCAUCGUACGUCUAUGAAUUUUAAUUUAUCGGAGGGCGAUUUAAUCCAACAACAAGAACUCUUUAAGCAAGUUUGCGCACAGACCAUUAACACAUUGGGUACUACCGACGAUCAAUUCUUCUUGGAACGCGAUGAAACCUUCCAAACAGUCAUUGUAAAAUCCGGCGGCAGAAAAGAUCCUUCUUAUAAUAAUAGUGAUAGUGAUGAGGAUAUUUCACCGACCAGUGUUGAUCCGUCCAUGGAUGUAGAUCCUUGGUCUUCACCAAAUCCGGGAUCGGAAGCGCCAUCUUCAUCUCCAUGGGGUGAGCUGGAUAAAACAGAAACAUCGAAUACCGGUUGGGCCGAUUUUUCGGCCGCUUCUUUUGCGAAUUUCGAAUCGAAUUUUGAAAAUGAUGAAACGAAAAAACAAUCGAAAAUCGAACAAACGGACGUGGUGCCGGUAGCGGAAACGGUUAGGGAAAACGUGAGCGGUGAACCUCAAAAGGAAAAGGAGGAGGAGGUUGUCGUCAACAAGGAUAACGUUAACGAUCAGGUUAAAACAAUUUCUCAAAAUGACGAAAAAGACCAGUCGAGCAAUGGCGGUGGUGGGGGUGAAGCUUUAAAAACCGUUGAAGCUUCUGGUGAUCAACCCAAAACGGAAGCUGUUGAAAGUGAAAAGGGUUCUUCUCCAUUGGUGGUUAUACAAGAAGGUAUUCCGAUGCAAACGGGUUCAUCUGAAGUGCCAAAGGCGUUGGAUAAAACGGAUGCAAACAAAGAGGGCGUGUGAGUAGCAGAGAUGUUCGUCCCGGCAACAUAUCACAUGGGAAACAAACAAAAAAACAAAAAUGAUAAUUGAAAAACAAACAAAAAAAUUAAUAAAAAAAUAACGAACGUUGUUUAGUGUAAAUGCGACGCGGGCGGGCGACGUACGUAUAUAAAUAGUAUUUUGUAUUUUAAUCAUCACCUUAUUUUUUUUUCUUUAAAUACUUACGAACAAUUGUUUUUAUUUUUAAUGUAUUAUUCAUCUAGCAAUAUAUACUGAGAACCGGCGGAGGUUAUCUCGUUACAACAAGUGGUUGUUUUUACGUCCUUAAUUUAUUGAAGUUUUAAAUGAAAAGAAAUUUGUUCAAUCCUACCCUGUUUUUUCUUUUUUAAAUUUUUUUUAACCUAUGUUUAUUAAGCUAUUAUUAAUGAAUUAGUAGUGAAGAGUGUAAAGGGAUUUAUAAAUGUAAUAAUUACGCUUGGGCUUUCUCUAUUUAACAAAUUUUUUUGUAUUUUUUUUUUACUGUAUCAUUAAAAAAGACAAAAAUUGCUUAAAUUGUCAAAAUUGACAAUCAAAAAGGAAAUUAAAAUCAUCCAUUAAUGAUUAUGGUACAGUAUAAAAAAUUUGAUAACUUGUAUAAUGUAUAAAAGACGAUUUAUCGAUCUCUUUACAAGAAAAAAACGGAAUGUACGAAGGAAAGAUUUUGUGCAUUUUGUUCGUUUCCUUCUUAAUUUAUGUAUAGCGUAAUUUAUAAUAAUCUAAAUAAAUAGAUGAUUUUUUUUUGCACAAAAUCUAUUCAGUAUUGUGAUACGAAUCUGAUAUAUUAUAUCUCUUGAUCCUUGCGAUUAAAAGCAAAUUAGAAAAAAAAAAAAAACGAACGAAAAAUAAAAUAAAUAAAAUUAGUUAUUUACCGUGCCUGUUGUUGCCGAAUCAUACAUGAAAACACAAUUACCAAAAAAAAAGUAAUAAUAAAAACCCGGUGAUAUCAUCGUUACUUAACAUUUUUACCUACUUCCUUCCUCUACAUAAAAUAAACUUAUUCAUCCCAUUUCAUUUAUUAGAAAGAAUCGUUCCCUUUUUUCUUUAAGUGAACGCCUCCACGUACGUAUUUUUGAGGAGUACAAAAGCGGGCACGCGUUAUUAUUAAAUUUAUUUGUAAGCGGUUAGGCUUCUUUUUUUUCAUUAUUAUACGACAGUGCAACUAUAACUUCUGUGAUUAUAGAUUGUAACUAAAAAAAAAUCAUAUGUACUUUUUCCGUUUUUUUUUCAUUGGAAAUGACUCUUAUACAGUGCCUAGGCAUUAUUAUAUAUUUUUAAACCAUCCAACGUAUAUUGUUAAGAAUCUUUUUGUUUCCAAUGUAUUCCUUUUGGUUCUAAAUAAAAAAAGUUUGAGAAUAUAA